GGAACGAUCUCUGAUUGCUGCGUGACUAAAAUUGUAGAGUAGAGAGGGAUGUGGCUGUUCAGCUCGAAAGCGCCAUCUGGUUUCUCAGCUUCUUCCACAGCCGAGGAAGUUACAGAAGGAAUUGACGGGAAUGGUCUCACUGCCAUUGUUACAGAACAAUUGAUGAACUAGUUACCCUGCACACGCUGUAGGUGUAUCAAGUGGUAUUGGCACUGAAACUGCUCGAGUUCUCGCACUACGCGGUGUCCAUGUUGUAAUGGCUGUCAGGAAUAUGACAGCUGGUGGAGAGGUCAGAGAAACAAUAAUGAAGGAAAAUCCCUAUGCGAAACUUCAUGCGAUGGAGUUGGAUCUAAGUUCAAUGGACUCAGUGAAGAAGUUUGCAUCAGAUUUCAAGUCCACAGGUCUUCAACUUAACAUCCUCAUUAACAAUGCAGGAGUCAUGGCUACACCAUUCAUGUUUUCCAAGGACAACAUAGAACUACAAUUUGCGACAAACCAUAUAGGUCAUUUUCUUUUGACAAACUUAUUGUUGGAAAAUAUGAAAGAAACUGCACAGAUAACGGGUAAAGAAGGAAGGAUUGUAAAUGUCUCAUCACGGCGUCACAAAUUUUCAUAUCGGGAAGGAAUUCGUUUUGAUAAAAUUAAUGAUCAGUCAGGGUACAAUAGCCUAUCUGCAUAUGGUCAGUCAAAGCUUGCAAAUGUCUUGCAUGCUAAUGAACUUGCACGACGUCUGAAGGAAGAUGGGCUUGAGAUUACAGCAAAUUCAGUUCACCCAGGAGCAAUUGCCACCAAUCUGUUCCGUCAUCACAGCUUUGUUAGUGGUCUCAUCAAUCUUCUCGGUAAAUACGUGAUAAAAAAUGUGCAGCAGGGAGCAGCAACAACAUGCUAUGUUGCACUUCAUCCGCAAGUUAAGGGGAUUAGUGGCCAAUAUUUUGCAGACUGUAACAUUGCUGAAGCAAGCUCACAAGCUAAAGACAAUAAUUUGGCAAGAAAGCUCUGGGAUUUUAGCUUGGAUUUGAUUCACAGGUAUCCUCCUCCUCAGAAAUUAUAAAAGCUGGUGUUAGAAUGUGAGGUGAAGUAUUGAAUUUGUUCUAGUGUUGGUUUUACUUCACUGCAUAUCAUUAUGGGAAUCGCUGAGGAUGUAAGCAUGCAUCAAGUACCUAGAAAAGCAUAUUUUUCAGCCACUACUCAUAUCAUAUGAUGAGUUGUUCACAGACAUUAGGUGCAUAAGAGUUUGUUUCUGGGGGUAUUAUAGUAGCCUGUAGCGAUCGCCAUUAUAUUUCUUGUGUGGUGCUUAGCUAUUGGUUCCUCGCUCCCAUCAGACUCGGUCAAAGGUAAUGUAUUGAGCCUAAUUCCCGGUUUCUAUUCGACA